AUGACGGCUAUGGUUGCGUUUGACCCUAAAAUAGAGGCGAUCGAGUCUGCCACUCUCACGGGGGCCGGGAGCAAGGCAGAGGCUGCCUACUUCGAGACGCGCGAUGCGGCGCCGCCUCCGGGAAUGUCGCGGCAGUCAACAAUGCGAUUCUUCAACAAAAUUGUCGACGAGCAGAAGAAGACUAAAAUCCUUCUGUUCUUCGGAAUAAUAUUGUUCAUGGUAGUACUAUUUGCGCUCAACGUUGGCGGUGCGCUCAUCAGCAUCAAAAUAACCAAGACGACGAAGUACACGGAUGAUUCGGCCAUGCGGACCCUCGAGGGCAAUGUUGUGCAGACUCGCCAGUUUAAGUCCUCUUGCCCCAUCGACCAGAUCCUCGAGAUGAACGCCCAAGAGAUCGCCGCGAAGGACUACAUCGAAUUUUCUGUAAUCGCCCCGUCAGGAGAGGAGUAUGAGGAGUACAUGACUGUGUCGUCUGUGCACCACACUUUCUCCAACGGAUUUGCGGAUUCGGCGACUGUCAAGUCAUACGAUGGCGGCCUCUUCUACAUCGACAACAACUACACGGUCACGUACACGCAGUCAGACUGGUGCCCUGACGGUUGCCGAGUGAAGCGUUGCGGUGACGACCGCCGGCGCAUGGGCGAGGUGAUAGGAGGGCGUGCUCGGCGCCUGCAAGACGAUUCUUGUUGUGGCGAUGUUUGGCGGCCCGGCCGUGCUUAUCGAUUUAACAGAUGGCAACCGACAUACUGGGUACCGUCUGGGUAUGUGGGUGGUCUCCAGUGCCUGUGGGAAGAUGAGUGCUUGAGCUUCUGUUCGGGAAACACCGCGUACACACCCGUCUCCGCGUGUAGCGACGGAGCGUGUAACGGAGCGUUUACGUUGCCGGACCCAACCCCGUUGCCGACGACGCCAUCACCGUCGACUUUGUGGUACGUCCAACUGGAUGUCCGGCCAGUCAUGCCGCGAUACCUGCAAACAGCGAGGAUUCACGGUAGUACCCGAUUGCAUCAUGACCCCGUUACCCCCCACAUCAAACCCGACGCCGGCGCCGACAGACGUCCCGACGCCCCAGCCGACGCCCCAGCCGACGCCCCAGCCGACGCCCCAGCCGACGCCCCAGCCGACGCCCCAGCCGACGCCCCUCCCGACGCUCCAGCCGACGCCCCUCCCGACGCCCCUCCCGACGCCCCACCCGACGCCCCACCCGACGCCCGCGCCGACGCCCGCGCCAACGCCCGCGCCAACGCCCGCGCCAACGCCUGUGCCAACGCCUACGCGGCUGCGAGCAUAUGCCUGCUUUCCUCGCCCUUGAAGCUCUUCGUUGUUGCGACAGCUCGUGCUGCCGCCUACCCACCGGCCGGCGCGCGCGUACUCGGCCACCCGAUUCCCGACACUCUCACCUUGGCAGCCGGACCCACCGUUACCGGGAGCACGAAAAGAAUUCUCGAAAUAGGUCUCGAAAUAGGACACGCAUUUCCCCUUGGCGGCGCGCUCCAACGUGAAAUUUAUAAUCCCACAAUCCCAUAUAGCUAUGACUAUUUUGAAUACACGCCCUCUCCGAGUCGACUUGAGCCCAUGAGCGCAUGGGGCUCCCCUUCCUCGGUGCUGCCUCGGCGGCUGGCGUUCCGUACAUCGAAUACUGAUUUCGCUGACACCAGUCGCACAACCUCAAAGAAGCGUCGCUUCGUGCCAAAGCGAACCACCAUGUCUUCCUCCGAGGCCGUCAUGGUCUCGCCUGAGCAGUGCGCGACUGCGCCCAAGACAGCGCUUUCCAAGGAGCUUGCACCGACCGAGGCGCAGUCGAGUUCGACUCGCUUGGUACUCUUGGCUGUGCUCGCCUUGGCCGCGGCGACGGGUGCCAUGUUCGGCGUCGUCGUUUUCGGCAACGAGUUCACCAAGGACGUACAUCCUAAGGGCUCGUCGAACAUGAACUCGGUGACACUCGUGGACGUGAACGAUCGAGCUAUCGCCACGGCCGACGUCGAGUCUUACGUGUCGCUCCUCGACCUGCCUCUCCUGGGCACCGCGGAGCUCAACAAGGUCGAUGGUAUCACCUUCAGUACCUUCAAGGGCAUCGAACACCACAAGGUGACGGGCUACUCCUUUACGAGGGAGACCGCCACCGUCGGCGACUCUACCGUCGAUACCCCGCGGCUCUCGCUCCGCUCUGCGCCGGGCGUGACCAUCGAGAUCUCCGUGCGGGAUUCCAAGGCGUGGGUGCGCGAGGAGGACGGACACCUCAAAAUUGAUACGGCCAUCGAGACAACGUCCACUCGACGCCUGUCCAGUGGCGGGAGCUGCCUCGCCAAUGGCGCGUGCUUGUACUCUCGCGACGAGCUCCUCAGCCUCGAUGCCGAGACGCGCCGUCUCUCCGAAGGCAGCUUCUUUGCGCGCGCUGACGUCGCGGCAUACCAGGUCGAGCUUGGUGGUGAUGUUCUCCCGUACCUGCCCGCUUCGGACGACGUUGUCUCCCUGCUUAGUGGCUACUACAUGGCCGAUGGUCACCGCAUGUCUGUUAAGAUUUCGAAGUCGGCCUACAACACAAACUUCCUCCUCGUCAACGGCACCUCCGGGGACAGCAAGCUUAUGAGCCGCAAUGGCACGUUUGAGUUCGACAAGUACUCGAACAUAGUUGGCUGCAACAUCCCGCGGAAGAGCACCGAUAUGUUUCUCUCCUCCAUGGACUUGAAGUCGGUGGCAGAUGAUGCUGAGAUCAGCUUCGUCAAGGUCAAUAUCGCCUACUCGGCGACCGAGGAUGACUUCAUUCCGCACUCGGGACUCACUGAGUCGACCUGUGUCGACUUUGCCACCCGCAAGUCCAAUAUGACAUCGCCCGAGUACAUCUGGGGCCAGGUCGAUGUGGAUGGCAACACGCGCAAGCUCAUUGCUCAACAACAUGUCAGCCGCAAGGCGCGGCACGCGCAGAACAGGCGCGAAGCCGCCAAUCUCAUGUUCGGGGACAACGAGUGGAACCGUGAGCUCAAGCGACGGUACGAUGAGGGUCACCGGAGCAUGGCGGACGUGUGCCCGAGCUGCGAUUACUCGGUUUCGACAGCCCAGACGCAGACCUACCUAACGCACUUCGACCUCUGGCUCGCCACUCGUUUGGCUGAUCCUCUCUUCAUGCACAGCCUCACCUACGACUCAGUUCCUGAUGCCGUAAGUGACCUUUUCGCCGAGCCGAAUUCCGGGAUCGAUUUCCAGUUUGUGAUGGAGAUGGCCGGUUCCCAGGGUAUUUCUCAGACGUUCGCUAACUGGGCUCAAUUCUUCUAUUUUGGUUACCAAGAUGUCCCGCUUGAGAUCUUGAAUGAUGAGCCAAAGAUUUACGACGACGACACCAUGAUGUCCAAGGGGUUUUUCCACGCCCUGCUUGGCGGCACGUGCAACGGAGGAUAUGACAACGGCAACUGGGCCAUGGACAGCAUAGAAAUGAGUGACGUAGUGUUUGCGUGCAGCAAUUACGAAAGUGAUUUUCUGGGAGGCCUCGCACCACCAAUGCGCCGUCUUGACGAAGAGGAGCCACGGAAAAAACGGAAUCUCUAUGAAGCUGCGGGUGUGGACAAGUUGGAGGAUUUUAUUUUUGAUAUUUGCUCUGAGCUCUCUAAUUGCCAAGAGACUGAUGACGCCGACGAUGACCACUGGGGAUGCGCUGACUCGGCGUGGAAUGCCUUCUCCAAACUCAAGGUUGGCAACGCAUGGGCCUCGUACCUCUACAAAGACACAGUCACGGCGAGCGGUUCCUUGCGCGAGUAUGUCGUUGCGUUCCAGGGCACCAAGGCCAACGAUCUCACGAUGAUUGCGUACAACAACAACCAGAAGCCGGUCAUGGUUGGAUUCAAUGCCGACUAUAGUAUCAUCCCACACGGAUACUUCCUGUACGCGAAAGAGCUCAUGGGGUGCAUGUCGAGGAUGGUCGACGUUGGCAUGUUCUUGAUGGUAGAUGUCGGCGCGGCGCCUGCAUCUGAUUCGGCUGUUGCGGGACAAGACAGUGCCGAGCCGACCUUCAUCACUGGACACUCGCUCGGUGGUGCGGCUGCGACGCUUUUUGCGAAAUCCCGCCGGUAUUGGACUGACCCUUCGUUCCGUUCAACUGACCUGCCUCCGGGCUACUCCUGGGGCAAAUCCCCGAAGCUUGUCACCUUCGGCGCGGCCCCGACGCACUACGCGGACGAAAACUAUCCGACCAAUGGUAUCGAAUGCCUGGGCAACUACAAAAUUGAGUCCGGUGAAUUCGGCGGCGGUUACGGCGCAAUGACCAUCACAGACCUUGAUGUGCAGUUCGAAGAAUUCGAUAAGACUAAUGUGCCUUCAGUAUGCGCAUAUGAUGAUGCCAAAAAAAAAGCAUUGCUUACCACUGAGGGAUAUAACGCUUAUGUUUCUGAUGGUAUGGGCGCGCCUUGUGCUAGUGCAUCCCCGGGCUCCGUACGCUUCUUCCACAAGUUCGACCCUAUCCCGUCCAUCGGCAUGUGGGAGGGCAAGUAUGCACACUCCGUCGAGCACGCCGUCAUGGUGUACGAUGAGGUGUCGAAGGACUGCUCAGUUUCUGAGUCCGAGUGCCGCAUCCAGGUGGAUACGUCUAACGUUUUCGGCACGGUUGACCCCGAGGGUAUCGUGAACUACCUCUGCACCAAGCACGGAGUCGAUCCCAAGUCUAUAGCAACUGGCUGCGUUGAUGCCAUGACGAGCUACUACACGAUGCUCAACCCGUGGCCUUGUGCGCAGCUGCUCGCGAAGGGACUCAUGAGCGAAAUUCCCAUUCCAGGGGCCCAUGAGGCCACUGAUGCCGUUUAUAACUUGGACCACGUCGAGUUUCAAGUCGGAUUCUAUCACGUGGACGGCGACUCUUUCCGUAAGUGGUUCGGGUACUGGUUUGUCGAAUUCGACAGGUAUGAAGAGUGUGUCCUCGACUGGUUCGCGUCCAUUGACACGGGUUACAUGAAGGCCGUGGUUGAUAUGCCCGCGACGUACGGGCUCGCCUUCACGUUCUCUUGGACCCACAGCACGUACGGAUUCUACCCGUUGUGUAUUUCUGUAUCCAGCUCGGGGGAUGUUUCUGCUGCGGACUCGGCCGCCUCGGAAGGAUUCGAGCUUCUCUCUGAUUGCACGUCCUCUAGUGCGGAGGCAGCUUGCGAAGAUCCCAGCGUGUCUGGAUGCGCAGCGUGGGACAUGGAGUGCACCCAGCUGUGUAUCUGCGAAAGCGGCGCGAGCGGCUCUGCGUCUCACUGCAGCAAAUUCAGCGAAGACGGCUGUGAGAGCACCUACAAGGGGGGCGAGGAAUCGUCGGCCAAGGACGAGUGGGACGCGGCGAAGGGCGGCGAGGGUGGUGAGGGCGGUGAGGGCGGUGAGGGCGGCGAGUAG